CAGCUCCGAUUAGGCCAGCCCAGUGAAUCAGACCACGGCGUCAAUUGAAUUGGUCGAUUCUAUUCGUUUUACUUGGUUCUGUAUACCAUGUUUCCUACCUCUCGCCUCCUCCAGCCCGCCCGAGUCACGCUAUUCACGCGUGCCGGCUGCGGGCUUUGCGACACCGCCAAACACACCGUCACCCAGCUGCAUAAGCGGCGCCCAUUCGACUACUCAGAGAUUGACAUUAUGGUUCCUGGCAAUAAGGAGUGGAAGGAUGUUUAUGACUUUGAUGUCCCGGUUUUGCAUGUACAGUCUGCUACUACUGGGUCGCUUUCCGACCCGAAGAAGCUGUUCCAUCGCUGGACAGAACAGGAGGUGGAAACGCUUGUUGACAAUGCGGAGAAAACCAACUAAAUUGCCAACUCAUCCACAUCGACCAAGUUUAUCAGGCUCCAGCAUCUCU